UUUUUAGGAAAAACGUAUGGUGGUCUUCGUCGAAUCCACCGUAAUGGAUGACACAAACCUAGACCAGUACAAAUCCUUCACCAAAAUCAAAGACUCCUUGAUGACUUUUCGGGACGGCAAGGACGAUUUAACCGACAAAAUAGACUUUAUAAUCUGCCUGGGAGGUGACGGAACCCUGCUAUACGCCAGUCAACUUUUCCAACAAUCCGUACCGCCUGUGAUGGCUUUCCAUUUGGGUUCUCUGGGCUUCUUGACGCCGUUCCAGUUCGACAAUUUCCAGGACCAAGUGAAUAACGUUUUGGAAGGUCACGCCGCAUUAACUUUGAGGAGUCGUCUGAGGUGUAUAGUAAUGAAGAAGACCGACACGGGCAAGUCGUGCGACAAGUCGAAAAUCGCUGACGUUCCUACGAAUGUAUUGGUUCUUAAUGAAGUCGUUAUCGAUAGAGGACCGUCUCCAUAUUUAUCGAAUAUAG